CUUUCUGCGCAGGCGCAGACUUUUACAUUUUUGCGUGAUGGCUGGCGCCUUGCGGGGUAGACUAGUAACAUUGACCAAGGGCUGGAGUGGCGCGAGGCCGCCGCCGCCGUGCGCGCGCGCACUGGGCCUGACGGCGAACCACGGCGCUUCAGAGUCUCCGCCGGCGCGCGCCGACAGCACCUUCAAGGUUACCAUGGUGCCGGGUGACGGAGUCGGUCCUGAACUCAUGACGGCGGUCAAAGAGGUCUUCAAGGCGGGGGACGUUCCUGUUGAGUUUGAGGAGUUCCACGUGAGCGAGGUGCAGAACAUGGCCAGCGAAGAGAAGCUGGAGCAGGUGCUCACCUCCAUGAAGAACAACAGGGUCGCCAUCAAAGGGAAGAUCCACGCACCCAUGGAGUACAAAGGAGAGCUGGCUUCCUAUGAAAUGAGGCUCAGGCGGAAGCUGGACCUGUUCGCUAACGUGGUCCACGUGAACAGCCUGCCGGGCUACAGCACACGUCACAAUAACCUGGACCUGGUGAUCAUCCGGGAGCAGACGGAAGGGGAGUACAGCUCCCUGGAGCACGAGAGUGUGUCGGGUGUUGUGGAGUGUCUGAAGAUCAUCACCAGGGAGAAAUCCCGCCGCAUCGCUAAGUUCGCCUUCGACUACGCCACUAAGAAAGGUCGGGGCAAGGUCACGGCGGUGCAUAAGGCCAAUAUCAUGAAGCUGGGGGAUGGACUCUUCCUGCAGAGCUGUGCUGAGGUUGCUGAGCUUUACCCCAAGAUCAAAUACGAGAACAUCAUCAUCGACAACUGCUGCAUGCAGCUGGUUCAGAACCCAUACCAGUUCGACGUCCUGGUGAUGCCCAAUCUCUAUGGCAACAUCAUCGAUAACCUGGCAGCGGGCUUAGUGGGCGGAGCCGGGGUAGUUCCGGGCGAGAGCUACAGUGCUGAGUACGCAGUGUUUGAGACGGGGGCACGCCACCCCUUCGCCCAGGCCGUGGGCAGGAACAUAGCCAACCCCACCGCCAUGCUCCUCACUGCUGCCAACAUGCUCAGACAUCUUAAUCUGGAGUAUCAUUCCAAUAUGGUGUCUGAAGCUGUCAAAAGGGUCAUUAAACAGGGCAAGGUGCGCACAGCAGACCUGGGAGGGUACGCGCCGAGUGAUGAAUUCACCCAAGCUGUCAUUAAUAACCUCUCUGCUUGAGCUUGUUCCGGGUUCUUCAGGGGUACCACUGACCGGUUCAUGCAGCUCUCCGGAAAACUUUUAAGACAAACAUUUCUCGAUCAUCUUACUUAGCAGUUGGUACUGAUAUACCUGUGCAUUCCUUGGAAACAAGCAUUGUCUGGUUAGAGUAACCUAUUCACCAGCGUUGCUCACAUACCACUUCUGUUCCUUGCUUAUAUACCCUAGACAUCGGACGGUAUUGUGAAAUAGUAAAGAAUUUAAAGAACUAGGCUGUUUUUCUGUAUAUUGAUUGUAACUAUGAACAUGAAUAAAUAUGAAUGCUUUAAUUCA